GAGGAAAUCAUUCCUCCCGAUCCUGCCACAGCCCCCCCCCCACUCCUCCACCAUAGACCCAUCAUCAUAUCCACCCAGCACAACCCACCUCCUCCACAGUGCGCUAGAGAGGCUCUCGGCUGCUGCUUUACUCGUCUGUUGGGGCCGGCUGCUGCAAGUCCAGGGAUUUCACUUCUUCUCCUGCUCCACUCUCAUCCGACUGGAUUUACAGCUGAAUUAACCAUCUGGGCUUUUUUUUUUUUACACUUUUUUUUUUUUAUUGCUUUCUUCGCUGCCGAGAGAUCACAUUUGCCUCCUUUUGCAUUCGAUCUUCUUUUCCCAGCGUGAUCUCCACUCUGUGUUAACUGUGUGACACUAUCUUGUUGCGCUAUUAGCGAAUCCAGGAGAGAAACUUUUUUUCUCUCUCUCCCUUUUGCUGCUUUCAAAUUUAGUUAAUUCCAGGGUUUGUCUUUUUCGCUUUUUUUUUUUUUUUUGGGGGGGGACUUGGGCAAAUUCAAAAAACCGACUUCCACCAUGCACAAGCUGUACAUUGGGAAUUUAGGCGACAGCGUGACCGCCGACGAUUUGGGGAAAACCUUCGACGAGCACAAGAUCCCUUACUCCGGACAGUUCCUCGUGAAGACGGGCUACGCGUUCGUGGACUGUCCGGACGACCAGUGGGCCAUGAAGGCGAUCGAGACGUUCUCCGGUAAAGUGGAGGUUUGUGGGAAACGCAUCGAGGUGGAGCACUCCGUCCCCAAGAAGCAAAGGACUCGAAAACUGCAGAUCAGAAACAUUCCACCUCAUCUACAAUGGGAGGUGCUCGAUGGUCUGUUGGCCCAGUGUGGAACUGUGGAGAACUGUGAACAAGUGAACACAGAAAGUGAGACUGCAGUGGUUAAUGUCACAUAUGCAUCCCGGGAGCAUGCUAGGCAAGCCAUCCAGAAGCUGAAUGGAUACCAAUUUGAGAACAACGCACUGCGCGUCUCUUACAUCCCUGACGAGGUUUCUGAGCUGGAGGGAGGCCAGCGGGGCCCCGACAAUGGCCGCCGCCCCGGUUACGGGCCUCGCGGCGGGCCCCGUAGCGGGUCCCCGAGCUCCGGGAUGCCCUGCAAACCUCCGCACGCUGACAUCCCCCUAAGGCUGCUGGUGCCCACACAGUAUGUGGGAGCCAUCAUCGGCAAGGAGGGAGCCACCAUUCGCAACAUCACCAAGCAGACACAGAGCAAGAUUGACGUGCACCGCAAAGAGAACGCUGGUGCUGCUGAGAAGCCAAUCAGCAUCCACUCCACCCCUGAGGGCUGCUCUGCUGCCUGCCGCAUGAUCCUGGACAUCAUGCAGCAGGAGGCCAAAGACACCAAGACUGCUGAGGAGGUUCCUCUGAAGAUCCUAGCUCAUAACAACUUUGUUGGACGCCUGAUUGGGAAGGAGGGACGCAACCUGAAAAAAGUCGAGCAGGACACAGACACCAAGAUCACCAUCUCACCUCUGCAGGACCUGACGCUGUACAACAUGGAGAGAACCAUCACAGUUAGAGGUGACAUCGAAGCCUCCUGUAACGCUGAGGUGGAGGUCAUGAAGAAGGUCAGAGAGGCCUACGACAAUGAUGUCGCUGCUAUGAAUCAACAGACCCACCUGAUCCCUGGGCUCAACUUGGGUGCUCUGGGCCUCUUCCCCUCUUCCUCCAAUAUGCCCCCACCUCCGCCUGGAAACUCUGGAUCUGGCGCCCCCUACAGCUGCUUCGGGUCUCCGGAGCAGGAGACGGCCCACAUAUAUAUUCCAGCACAGGCAGUGGGAGCCAUCAUUGGAAAGAAGGGACAGCACAUCAAACAGCUGAGCCGCUUUGCUGGGGCCUCCAUCAAGAUUGCCCCAGCUGAAUCUCCGGAAUCCAAACAGAGGAUGGUGAUUGUGACCGGACCCCCCGAGGCUCAGUUUAAGGCUCAGGGCAGAAUCUAUGGCAAGCUGAAGGAGGAGAACUUCUUCGGGCCAAAGGAGGAAGUCAAGCUGGAGACCCACAUCAAGAUGGCAGCUGCCGCCGCAGGAAGGGUCAUCGGAAAAGGGGGCAAGACGGUGACCGAGCUGCAGAACCUGACGGCAGCGGAGGUGGUGGUCCCCAGGGAACAGACGCCAGAUGAAAAUGACCAAGUCAUCGUCAAGAUCAAUGGACAUUUCUACGCCAGCCAGCUGGCCCAGAGGAAGAUCCGGGACAUCCUGACCCAGGUCAAACAGCCACACAAAGGAGGGAUGGGCCCUGGCCCCGGCCCCGGCCCUUCUCCACAGGGCUUCACAGAGAUGGGCAGUCCUACGCAGGGGCUGUCUCAGGACAACCAGCCACGCAGGAAGUGAGGGUCCCCGCGCCCUCCUCGAUCGCCUCGGGGCAGACCCUGCCUGACUGACAGACAGACGGACACAUGCACGGACGAAUAGACAAGACGGACGGAUACAGGAGAGCGACACACGGACCCAGCGAUAGACAGGGAGAGAUAUAAAGAAGGAGGGAGUACGCCCGAUAGCCGGAGAGAAAGAUGGGUGUUGAGAGAGGAGAGAUGAAUGAAAUCAAAAGAUGAAAUGAAUUAAAAAAGAGGAUUAAGGUUAAAAGAAACUUGAGAUACGCAGAGACCAGAUGCCAGGCCAGAAGAGACACUGAUUGAAGAUGGGUGGAUAAAGGGAAGGCGGGAUGGAGAGAGGGGCGGGUGGUGUCCUCCCAGUGUGCCUUGGUAGGGCUGCAGCCAGCUUCUCCUCUGCUCAAACUUUUAAGAGAUCCUGCAUCGGAUUGGUUUAAACAUCAUGGGCGGGGUUAUCCACCAUGUCACCGGUCCACAUGCUGUCAGGUCUAGUGCAGAGGGCUGAGGCUGGCUGGACAAAUCUGGGUUUUUCCUGGGACACACUAGAAGGGGCCCAUUUGCCCCUCUGUUUCCCCCCUACAGACCUUUCCAACCAUCUGCAGUCAGUCCUAUAUUUUAAGGGUGGUUUUUUUUUUUAAAAGAUAGAGAUAUAUGUAUAGAAAUGUUUUAUUCAGAGCUAUUAUUGAUAAUAUGCAGUGAGGCGGAGCCGGGAGAGGGAGCGCGGAAACUGCUGCAGCGGCACAGAGGGAUAGGCCACAGGUCUGGUGCUAGCCCCACCCAACCCCUAACCCCUGAGCCAAUGAGAGCCUGGAAGAGGGGCCGCAGAUGUUAACACUGCUCUUUUAAAGACCUUUCUGAAUAGCGGAGAGAUUAAAAAAAAAAAGAAAAAGGAAGAAAAUAUGAGGUUGUAAAUAUAUAAUCUUCAUGUAAAUGUUAAGAAAAUGCUGCGUCUGGCCGCCUUGCCUUUCUUUUAAAGGGGUCUUCUGUAUGUUUCCCAGUCCCUUGACUAUGAUAUGUAGCAUAAUGUAGCCUACAACGAGGCUGGGGGCUGGGGAAGCACUGAACCCCCCCUCUACAUUUAGCCGUGUGGCGGAAGGCGCAGCGAGAGACAGUAAGGGGAGCCGAGGUCGCAGCUGGUCCUGCAGUUCUAUUGCAGCGGCUCAGCUCACGCGUGUGAAAGCAUUAAAAAACAACUUUAUAAAAAACAGCCAGCAGCUAUGCUAGCUGGCUAGCGGCCUGCACCUUAAAUGGCAUAUUUUAUAUAUAUUAUAUAUAUAUGAUAUGUGAGUUAGCCCGGCCCCUCGGGUGAAUGUAUUGAAGGCAGCGAGUGCGGUGCGAGCUUUUCGCCACGCCGGGAGGAAAAAAAGUCCUGCAAUGACAGACAGACAAGGUGUGUCUGAGACUUUCUGCUCAUUGCCUUCUUCUGGCGCUGGACACUCCAGGCCAGUCUCGGGACAGGAUGGCAUUUCCCCCCAGAAGAGCUGGGCUCCGUAAGACCAUCCCGUACCGAAAGUCGUCUUUGUCUCCGAUGAACUCGGCCUCUUCUGCUUGUGGCAAUCACAGACUUCUGUGGUAGGCCUCAGCCGAGCGCCAGAAACCAAAAGAAAAAAAGAAGGCGAAGUCUUCCAAAGCUCCUCGCCUUGAAUUUAGAGAAAGGUAAAAUCUGACCGAAGGGGAGUGGCUUCCUCGCUCUCUCUCCCCAUCUGCCGAAGGCCUGUUGGCGGAGCCUCCAAACCCUGCCUGCGUAUGAUAAUGAGGGGCGGGGUCCAUGCCUGGACGCUCUCGCCAAGAUUAGAACAGAUUAGAGAAGAAAUAAAAAAGAAAAAAACCUACCUCAGGGUAAAUUUACCUCAGUAUUCCUAACUUUUUUUUUUUUUUUUGCUUGCUGGUGUUUUAUAUGAGAAGAAAAAAAGAAAAGAAGAGCUGAUAGUCCUGAAUAUUUUUAUUUUUUUAAGGAAAAAAGUAUUUUUUUUUAGGUAUUGUCUUGUUGCUUUGGUUGUUUUUUUUCUGUUUUUUUGGGGGGUGUGUGUGAUGCUGUAUGAAUGAGCUCAGGAUGACGAAGAGGCAGUGUUUUCAUUUUCAUUCGAGACGUAGGGAGAUCAAUUGCAGGGGGGAAAUGGGCUGAGUGCCCUUUUGCCUUUUGUAGGUGAGAAAACCUGCUCUUUUGUCUUCCUGACGUGUGAUUGGAGCAGCCGUUGUCUGAAACAGAAGGUUGGCCAAUGGGGAGUGGUAUUAACUUCAGAGGGCCUAUGGUGCACACUGGGGCCUCUCGUCAUCAUUGGGUGGUGUUGCUGACGGUUUUUACCGUAUGGGAUGACUGGCACGCUCAGACAACCUCAUCCUCAGGUCGCAUUGAGUCACUGCGAGUCUCUCUCUCUUUUUUUCUUUCCUCGGGACUCUCAGCCCAACCUGAAGGACCCUCUUCUCCUGCCUUGUUGUGAUGACAUCAUUAUUGAGCGCCAAGCUUUAAGCGUUUCAAGAGGACAUGUGGAAGUAGGGCUCGCGAGCCACAUUUCACUCGUCAGAUCAGAGCUGUGCUGAACGCAGCAGCGAAUGGUCCAUCUACGGCAUAACUGUACAUGGAGACAAGGAUGGGCAUUCUACCUACCUAUCUUCCCACACGCACACACAGACCAGAACUAGCUCUGACUUCUCUGAAUGUGAAUAUUUAUUAUCUGUGCACUGACCACGACACCUCAGAUGCUCCCCGUUGGCUACGUGUGCAUGGCGUGUGAGUGAGAGCGAGUGCAUGUGCGUUUGAGUUCGGUGGUUUUAAGUGUUCAUUUUUUGUCAGGGGAUGUGGUUGGGUGAGACUUAUGAGAAAUUAUACACACAUUAAAAAAGCAGAAAAAAGUGGGAUGACAACAAUGGCAGAGAAACCCAAGAUCCUCUGUAAAAAAAAUGGGAGCAAAAAAGAAAAGCAGGACAGUUUAAACCCCAACGCUGGCUCAGCUGAAUAAUAGAUGAAAACCUGUACAUAAAGACGUUCAAAAGGUGA